AUGGCGGCGGUUGGAAAUUGGUGGGAGCUCCCCUUGCCUCCCGGUUGGGAGAGAAAAUUCGACCCUGGCAGUAAUCGAUAUUUCUUCCUGAAUCACUCCAACAAACAGACCCAAUGGGAGGAUCCAAGAAUCCAACUCUUCGCACAGCUACAGGCGAACAGGGGCCAGCAGCCACAGCAACAUCACUACAGCCAGGCAGCUCAACAUACACAAUACCAACAAGCCCAACACCAACCUUCACCCCAACAGCAUGCUGCACAACAGUUACAACCUCAACAGCAACAAUAUGGUGUGCAACAACGCUCGCCACAGCAACAGCGUGCAACCACUCCGCAACAUCAAACUUCUCAACAACACCAGCAACACACUUCUCAACACCAACAACAGCACACUACUCAAUACCAACAACACACCAGUCAACACCAACACAGUCAUCAACACCAACAACACGCCCAACGACACCAACAGCAGCUGUCUGGCCAGGGGCAGCGCUCUUCAAGUGGAACGUCACAGCAAGGCCAGGUGUCGCUUCAACCUCGGUAUGACAUGGUGUACCAACAACAGCAGGUGGUAGCUCGGCAGCCAUCGCCCACACGCCAGCCGUCUCCAGCCCGCCAACCAUCACCAACCCGUCAGCCAUCACCAGCCCGUCAACCCUCGCCCGCUAGGUCACCUCAUCUAUCACAGCCAACCCAUCAAUAUUACCACAACCAAAAUUACGUUUCUGACCAUGAAUAUGACCAGGAGUUGCAAGCGGAGACCGCGACCCAACGAGCCCGUACACCAGAACGCACAGCCGCGCAUCCCAAACCUGCCUCGAGUCUCCAGACAGGGGCACGUGCUGCUCAGACGCAGCGUAGCCCCCAUCUCCAUCCCACUGCACAGAACUACGGCUUAUCACAGAAUCAAUAUGAAACCAACAAGACCUGGUCCAAAGGGAAUUUUGCGCAUCCCAAGCCUGCGUUGACCCGCCCAUAUGUCCAAUCCUCAGGCGGCAUUCAAAUGCAGGAGGAGCUGAGCCAUGUUGAGACUGAGGAGAGUUCAGAUGAUGAGACGAGCUUCAUCUCAACUGAUCCUUUCGAAUUCAACAAACUCCAUGGCAUGUUCCCCACAGCUCCCGAGGGACUCAUCAAGAAAGUUCUUGCCAAGAAUCAUAACGAUCACAACCGCUCGGUGUAUGAGCUUCAGCAGUGUGGCUACCAGACCAGCCAAGGCGCUCGGGCUACCAACACGGCUCAGAAAGUAGCCAUCAUCAAACGCCUCAAGCAAAGCUUCCCGCAGGCUGAUCAGGAGAUGUUGGAUGAUGUACUAUCUCAAUGUGGGGGUGAUGAACAAAAGGCUCGACGCCAACUUGCAAGCUUGGGAUAUACUUCUCGGGGUACCCAAGAACCCAAGCGGACUGUUUCCCCUGCACGCCCUGUACACAGAGAGCCAUCACCACCUAGGAUAUCGGAGGCAGACAAGCGAAGAAUGUUCAGUAAAUUUGAACAUGAUUUCAAGGCCCACCCAAAAAGUAUCAUUCAGAUGGCUCUAGACGCCUCAGGUUAUGACGAGACGAAGACCAGGAUACUUCUACAGUCUAUGGAAUCUCCAAAGGAAAGGGCAAGAACGAGCCGCAAUGAAAUGUCUCCAAGUCGUGCUACAGGAUCUGCAGAGUCGAGUAGGCAAGAACCUGCCUCUGUUUCUGGUGUUGUCGUUACUGUCACGACUCCAGACACCAUCUCUAGACCUGGAACUUCCUCCUCAACUAUUUCGUCAAGCAUAGCUGGUUCUCGCCCAAGCUCGGCUCAAACGCGCCCAAGCUCUGCUGACCGGCGCCCAAGCCCCAGCAAACAAGGAAAACGACAGCAACAACCCAAACCUCAGAAGGAACGCAGACAGCCGGCUAAACAGACACAACCUCAGCAACCAAAAUCGAGGAGACAGCGAGAAACGACGAGGACUGAGACACGGCCUGCAAGAGCCCCAAGGAUGCCCGAGCGUCCUGCAUAUGUCUCACCUCUGAGGUCUAAACCCAAUGGGCCGGAUGCUAUGUUAGUUCAGGGACCCUCAAAGGACAAUCUACUGACUGAUUAUGUUCAGGAGCACGGUCACCAGUCGGAUCUUGCCAAGGGACCGGAUAGGAGCAACCUGAUUAGGUAUACUGGGUUAUUAAGUGAAGGACCCCAGGACUCAAACAGAGAAGGACCCAACCCAGAUCUUGUACAGGGACCGGUGAACCUUAGUAGGACUGAUUAGAAUAUUGUGUGAUUGAAGUCAGUACGUUCAGAUAUCUGCCUUCGCUUUGCAUAACUUUGAUGUGUUCAAUAUGAUUGUAGACCUACAUGUAUGAUUACUAUCACUCUGUCAUGAUAUCCAGUGUAUAGAUUUCAAUUUAACUUUGAAUUGUCUAACUUAUUGCUUAGGCUUGAUGAAAUAUUUCCUGUUUAGUAAAUCAAAUAAUGAACACAUUUUGAAAUUGGAUAUGUAGACUAGUGUGUACAUACAUUGAUAAAAAAAUUUCAUUUAACUUUAAGUCAGCCAAGAGUUUCCAAGCAAAAAGCAGUGAACUAUCGAUGCAUUUGGCAUAUUCUGUGCCAAAGCAGCAUGUGUUUGCAUUAUUGUACAUUAUUGUUAUUUAUGUUAACUUCUCCAUUAGUUUCCAAUACAUUGUGUAUAUGAGUAUUUUAUACUGUUUCUAUUUAGUAAGAUAUCAUUGCUUUUGGCAAUGGUCUUUAUUUAUCUAUAAAAAUUGCAAGUAUUUUCAUGUAUAUCAAUAUUAUCCUAUUAUAAGUGUAAUUGUAUGUAUUGUUGUUGAAAGUGUGUCUUAAAGUCAAGCUGAGAAAACCUCCCAUGUGUUAAAGAUGGUGCCCAAGCCGGGAUAGCCUUUUUUGUUGGGAAUAGAGGGAAUUGUGCAGGGGUUAGUCUUUAGCUCUACCAAUGAAUGAAGUCCAUAAAAGAAAAUAGAAUAAUAGAUGUACAUGUACUUAAAUGUUGUUUGUCCUGUGUAGAAAAUGGUGUCAAUAAAUUUAUGUAAGUGUAAUC